AUUUGAUAGCACGUCCACACCGACAUUAAUCUGACGAAAAACGUGCAUUGGAAAAUGCUGUAAGCCGAUUUCUUCAUAUUGUACACAAUUUAUUUGGUAGCCGGUCUACACCGAACUAAAUCUGUCGACAAACGUGCACUGGACAAUACAGCACUCAGAAGGAUGGAUGCAGUUCCAGGGCGAAAGGCGAGAAUGGCAUCUUGAUUGGCGCCUGGCCUCACCUACUGCCAGCCGUGCGUGGAGGACGGCAAGAAAAUCCUCCCCGAGGCCUUCUGUCCCGUCUGCAAGGAGUUCCUGUGUUCUAACUGUGCCCGAGUACACCGGAAUCAGAAAAUAACCAAACGCCACGCCCUUCAGGACAAGGACCGUAUGCCUUCCUCAUUCCACGAACAGAGUGAAGAGGAAAUGUUUACAGAAACAUGUCAGCGUCAUGCUAAAGAGUUUAUCAAAUAUUACUGUCAGCGUCAUUAUGGACUUUUGUGUGGAGACUGUUUAAUUGAGAAUGAAGAUCAUCGCUCUUGUAAAGUAGAGAAAAUUCAGCAAGUGGCAAAACGGUAUAAGCAGGGUGCAGAAUACAACAGCCUUAAAACAGGACUUGUCAACACGGCCAGUGACAUUAGCAAAAUUUCACACGACAUACAAGCGAUCAUGAAAUCAGUUGACGAAGAAAGCCUUACCAAUAUCAAUGAGCUUCGCAAAUUCAUGAAUAAUAUAAACCGGUACCUGCAAAAAAGGGAAAACGAACUCUUGGCAGAAAUCGAUCGGAAGAAACGGACAUCCAAGACACUGCUAGAUGAACUGAAAUCAAAAUGCACAAAUAUGAAAUCAUCCAUUAAAAAACUAAAAUCGGAGCUACAAGCACAGGACGACAACAGCAAUCAGCUAUUUAUAGUAGGAAAGCGAGCUAUAAAAGAGCUGGUAGGUCUCCAGGCAGCCCUGGAAGAGGUGAGCAGGAGGAGUGAUGUUCCCCGAUACAUGUUUUACAGUGACCCCUCAACUGAGCAGUUAAUAGCUUCUGAAAAAGCAAUAGGAAGGUUGGAAGAGGACAAUGAAACGUCGGUUUUUGGUCAGCAGCAAAAACAACAGCAGACGAAGCAGGAACAACUGCAACAGAAGACGAUAGGGCAGCAAGAACGACAACAACAGAAGGAGAAGCAGCAACGGCAACUCGCGACGAUGCAGCAAGAACAAAAACACAUGCAAGGCGUAUCACCAAAAGUCCUCUUUAAAGACAGUGCUGACUUAAGCCGGGUUAUGUUCAGCAGGCAACCUGAUAUUUCAGUGAAGUCAUUAGAUGAUACCCGUGACUGCUGGCUGUCCAGUGUUGCCCACCUAACCGGGGACAGACUCCUACUGGUAGAUCGCGCUAAUUACUCAUUGAAGCUGGUGGACAGUGAGAAUAACAAGCUGGUAUCCGAAGUGAACCUGCCAGGUCAGCCGUGGGACCUGUGUCUCCUGCCCGGGGACAGGGCUGCCGUCACUUUACCUCAUGUGGAUAAGAUACAGUUCGUAUCUACUCAGGGAAAUGUCACGCUACAGCGUGCUGUUAAUGUAGCUGGAUGCUGUUGUGGAAUAGAUGUCUGUGAUGACAACUUGAUAGUGUCCUUCGUCAACCCAGGUUAUGUUGUGUUAAUGGACAUGAAGGGAAAGGUGAAGAAUAGUGUGGACAAAGACACCAGUGGAAAACCUUUGUUUGAGUAUCCCGAGUAUUUGACAGUGACCAGGGUGAGCCAGACUCCGGUCAUAUUUAUCUCAGACUGGGGCACCAACACCAUAUCCAGGCUGAGCAUCUCACUAGAGGUGGUCCAGACCUACCAAGACCCGAUACUGGACUCACCACGUUGCCUGGCAGCCCUGGGGGACAACCAGCUGCUCGUGUGUGGGAGGGACAGUAACAACAUCCUGUUACUGGACACGCUCACCGGCGAGAUAACCCAACAGCUAGGGAAGAAAGAAGGGAUAGAGAUGCCAUACAGUGUGGCUUACUGUUCACUGAGAAAGAUGAUGUUUGUCACCUGCAGUCAGUAUGCCAGACCUGAAUUGAAGAAUUUCGUAAAAGUAUUCAGCUUAGUAUAG